UUCAGUAAAGUUGUCUAGCAUCGACAGAGUGUUUUGUUCUUUCAAAACCACAGGAGAUAUCCUCACUGUUUGUGUCACAGUGGUCACAUCGCCUGAAAGACUGAGCAGCAUGUCAAAGGAGAUGGAGCCAGAAGGCAUGUCGCUAUGUCCUCUAGGCACAGCAGCUAACCCUGAGCCAGAGCUGUUGUGUAUCUUUGGGACCGGGGAUUUGGGGCGCUCUCUGGGAAAGCGUCUGCUCCAAACUGGCUACAGGGUGGUAUAUGGCAGCCGCAGACCUCACAGCUGUGGCCCCUUGCCUCUGGGAACUCAGGUGAUGAGCCAUGCGGAAGCAGCCAAGUCAGCCAGUCUUGUCUUUACUUGUAUACACAGAGAACACUAUGACUUCCUGGAGACACUGGCACCUCAUCUUAAGGGGAAGGUGCUGGUGGACGUCAGCAACAACCUCAAGAAGAAUCUAUAUCCAGAGGCCAAUGCUGAGUAUCUGCAGAGGCUGAUCCCUGGCGCUCAUGUGGUGAAGGCUUUUAACACUUUGUCUGCCUGGGCCCUGCAGAAUGGACCCUUAGAUGCCAGUAGACAGGUGUACCUGUGUGGAAACAGUGCUGAGGCAAAGCAGUCAGUAGCAGAGGUGGCCACCAAACUGGGCUUCACUGUUCUGGACAGGGGAUCUCUGUCUGCAGCCAGAGAACUGGAGGAUUUCCCCCUGCAGCUGUUCCCAGAGUGGAGGCUGCCACUACGCCUGGCCAUCGGUCUCACUGCCUUCGUCUUCUUCUAUGUGCUUAUUAGAGAUGUCAUUUACGCAUAUGUUGAACAGGGGAAAGACAUCUCCUUCAGAAUCAUGGUGUCCCUGGCCAACAAGGUGUUUCCCAUUGUGUCGCUCAUCAUGUUGUCUCUGUGUUACCUGCCUGGUGUCAUAGCUGCCUUCCUUCAGCUCUAUAGAGGGACCAAAUACAAGUGUUUCCCUGACUGGCUGGACCGCUGGAUGCUGUGCCGGAAACAGCUGGGACUGCUAGCCCUUUGCUUUGCCUCUCUACAUGUCCUCUACACCCUCAUCAUCCCCAUAAGGUGGGGAAUGAGGGAGGAUCCACUGUGUAGGUUAUGCAGAGAGAGAGGCAAGUUGGCGCACACACUGGCAGGAUGCGAGACUGCAAUUAACAUGACAAGGUCCUCAGAGCACUGGCUAAAAUCUCGGAAAAGGACAGAUGGAAAAAGCAUCAGACCCACAUGGGACCAGCCCCGCAACCUCCAAGAAGACCAAGAAAAGCCUCCUGGAGCUGGUACAAUCGUGGGAGAUAAGAAUGGACCUGGGAAGAAAACUAUACUUUCCCCAGGUCAUCCAAACAUCCCUGAGGCAUGACAUAGUAAUUUUGUCUGAGGAGGCAAAGAGGAUCAUCCUGAUGGAACCGAUGGUCCCAUGGGAAGACAAGAGGCCUUGGAGAGGAAAGCCACAAAGUACCCGAACCUGGUCCAACAAUUGUAGGGAUGAAGGAUGGAAUGCCUAGCUAUUUCCAGUUAAGGUUGUCUGCAGGGGUUUCCCGGUGCAAUCUGUGUGGGAGAUUCUCACAGCUCUGGGAUUAGCAGGAAAGUAGAGAAAGACAGCUACUUGCAGGUUUGGGGAGGUGGCGGAAAAAGCCUCUUGUUAGCUCCGGAACAGGCGGGACGAGUUAAGCUGGAGGCCAAGAGAAGAUGGGCAGUGACUGACCAUCACUGCUGACCUGCCAGCUGGAGGACGUUGUGUUUCAGGGUCGAAAUAUUGGAUGCCAUCUGACGACAUCUUCUCCCGGCCAAAAGCCUCGGUCAUAAGAAAGCGACUGAAUGUGUUAGGAUCUAGAUAUAUAUAAUAGUAGCUAAGAGGUAUUUCUAAAAUUGAUCCUACCUUCAUUGGUAUAAAUGGUGUUGGUGACAGCAUUAGCAACCAAAAUAUUCAGAAGUAGCCCUCAGAUUCUUAGAAACACCUGAAUAAACUUACAGGGACCCUAAUGUUAUAGAAAGAUGCAUUACAAGAAGAAAAUAUGUAAUUUCUGAAAACUGAAAAGUUGUAAUUGCUAAUAAUAAGCUGUAAAAGAAGAAGCAGGCAAAGUAGUAAGCUAUGAAUUUUUGAAAGAGAUGAAAAGUUUUAAAGUUCUAUAAGAGCUAUUGAAAAAAAGAAAGAAAGAAAGAAUGUAGCUAACUAGGUGGUUUUAAGGUGUUAAGGUGCUAAGGAUUUUGACUGGCAAUUGCUAAGAUUAAGCAUGAAUGUUCAUUCUUGAAACUUGAACAGUAAUUUGAGGAAAAAUCUUUAUAAAAGCUUGACUUACUAGAUUUUUUUCAGCACUUUCACCUGCAUUUUACAGUCCUCCUUAAUGGACAGAGGUUGUUCAGUUGUCAUGGAGAUAACUGAGUUGUCACAUAACCAAAGUGUGAAACAACAUUUACAUGAUAACAGGAUGUUCACGGUGGUUGCUAGUGGGCCCUGGACAGUUACUAACUACAUUACUUUUGAUUACUGUGGUGUUUCUGUGAAGAAUGAGGUGGUUGCUAUGGUGAUUCAGGGUGGUAACUAGGUAUUGCAGGGUUGCUAGGGUGCUAGGGUGUUCAUAGCUGUCACAAAGGUAGGGCUAUCUGAAUUUUCAUGAUGAUUUUUCUCUAAAUAACUCUGUCAUUCUCAUACCCAGAUAUUAUGUGAGAUUCAGAAUUGCUGCUCAUACCAUC